AUGUCAGAUUACCAGUCAGAAGUCGGGAAAUUAUUGGAUUUCACAGAAAAUGUUUUGAUUAACCUUUUAAAUAAUAAAGAUGCUUCUCAAAGUUCAUUUGUACAAAGGGCAAUGAUAGAGACUAAGUUGAGAAAAUCAUCAAGAGACCGAUCAAAGUUUCAAAGAUUGAUCAAGAGAAGACAACUCCACAAAGUACCUCUUGAUAUUGUAAAAGAAGAAAUUAUGGACUAUGAUGAUAUCUUACCAUUUCAAAGGUUAUCAAAAUACUUUAGUCAUUAUGUCGAUGCUGAUCGAAUGGAUCAAGUUGAAUUUGAUACUAAAGUUGAUUCAUAUAUAAGAAAAAAUAAAAAAUGUGGGUUUAAAAAUGAAGAAAAAACUAAAACCCCUAGUGUUAACAGGAUAACCAUAUCUUCUAGAGGGAAGCAGUUACAAAAUCAAUCCUCAAGCACUAUAAGUAAUGUUGCUCCAAAUAAUAAUUCACCUAGAUUGCAAAAAGCACAAGAUAUUUCAAUUUCAACUAAUCAUGACAAUAACCCUGAGUAUAAAACUCGUCCACUUAAUCUAGUAGGAAAUGAACCUGUAAGAUUGCUAAAGGAAAAGGUUGAAAUUAAAGCUAGUGAUGCAAAAAUUAAUAAUCCAGUCAUUAUAAAACAACAACCAAAACUUGUGCUAUCUUAUACAAAUACUUUCAAACCGAUUAAUCAAAUAUCAAAUACAAACGUACAAUAUAUUAAUGAAGAUAAAACUAAUAAAACUAUAAAAAAAGAGGAUAAUCAUGCUAAAACGACUGCUACAGCAUCUACUAAAUUAUCAGAUGAAAAGAAGUCUAAUUUGAUCAAUAAGAAGGAUAUACAAAGUGGAAUAAAUGAUACAUCUAACAGUAAUAAAGUAUAUGGAAAUUCAAUCGACUUGAAAAGUACAAAGGUAACAGAUGUAGCUACUAAAUCAGGAUCAAUGAAUCGUAUGUUCGAGAAAGGUCAAUUAAUUAAAGUAAUGGAAGAGAUCGUGUAUUCACAAAAUAAAGAAUUGGAAAAUACCAAUAUGAUUAUAAAUAAUACAUUAGAAUAUUUUCAUAAAAGAUCAAGUAAUGAGUUCAAAAAUUCUGUUAAAAGUGCAAAUGAAAAAUUGAAAAGUCUCAGUGAAAGUGUGAAUAAGGAAGUAAAAAGUUUGGAUAAGAUUCCGGAUAAAGAGGUUAAGGAAAACGAACAGAAUGUAAUAUUGAUCAAGGAUAAGAAUAACAAAAUACUCGAGGAAAAGCAAUACAUAUCUGCAAAAAAUAUUGAAACCAAUGAUGGACGUGUGUUGAGCUCUUCAACAGAGGAAGCUAAGAAAUCUGUAUCAACCAUAAAUACUAAUAAAAUUUCUAUGUAUAAUUUAUCAAAUAAAGUUGAACAGGAGAAAUCAAGUGAUGAUAAUUGGAUAAUAUCUGUAAGUGAUUCAAACCAACUCAGAAUAGGUGAUAAAAGGAAGUUAAAGACCAAAGAUCAGACUAAAAGUCAUAAGAAAUCAAAAAGAAAAAUCAAUACAAAUAAGAAAACAAAUAAUAGUAGUAAUACUGAUAGCAAUAACAAGAUAGAAAAAUUAAUUGAACGUAUUCAGAAUAGUAAAAUUACAUUAGAAACAUUGUUAGGUUCUGUAUCAAAUGAAACGACCUUUGAGCAGUUUCAUGAAGUAGAACCACCGUCACCUAAAGUAUUUGAAAAUGAGAAUAAAAAUAAGGAUGGAAAUAAUAUCCGUUUGAUGCAGUUGUAUGAUUCCAUUACAAAAUCAGAUGAGCGAGACGAAGAAUUUCCCGAAUCAGUGAGAGGAGAAAUUCAUGUUGGUGAUUCAAAGCAAUUACACAAUCAAACUUAUAAUGGUGCAAUCUCUGCCGUUACUGAUAAUCAUAGUGAUAAUGUUGACAAAGUUGGCAUCAUUUCGAACAAUAUGUUUACCGAUAAAAAUGAUACCAAGGAAAAUAUUCCGCUGAAUCAAUCAAUCUUAAAUGCUAGCCAAAGUCUCUAUGAUGCAUACAUGUCAAACCAUAAUAGUGGACUACUACAUCCUACAACAGAUAAAAAUUCUUUAUCAACAAAGAAUCCAUUUAUAACAUCACAUCGAAACAAACAAAAGACUAAUAAGUUCUCAUCAGUACAGUUGUCCAAACAUAUGGUUAAUAAGAAAGUGCCAAAAGCUUUAAAGAAAAUAAGUAAUCUUGUUUCCAAAUAUAAUUUAGAUGACACAUAA